GUGGGGUUACCUUCAUGGAUGGGCGGAUUGCGAAAUCAGAGUUGGGGUGGGAGGAGUGUGUGCAUAGGAAGGGGAAUGGUCGGAGGUGGAGUGAUGAAGAUGUGCAAAGAGAACGUUUACGUGCAAGAAUGGGGCUCGUCUUUGUUUACGUUUUGACGUUUGUUUUCCUGUCCAUGACAGACUUGGUUUCUGGUGAGUUAAGAGGGUUAGAAGGAGGAGGAGGAGGAGGAGGAGGAGGAGGAAGAGAACAUGUGGGAAGUGGUCAUGGUAAGUUGGUAGAUGCCGCAUUUGCAUGCACUGUGGAGGGGUCCUCUCUCUGUCAAAGCAAUCAGGUGGUGCUCUUCCGAGGCUCCCAAUGGACCACCACCGAUCUCGACUUGGAAACACUUCCCCCCCUCGCCCCACUUCCCCCCCGAGCUGGUACGGAGAAAAGUGGAAGUGCCUCCCCGAGGGCGGAAAUGCUACCACUAGGGCAGUUUUCUGAGGGCGUAUGGACCGAGAUCUCUUGCAACUGGAGCCUUCCUGAGCCCUUUUCUAAGCGGAUUAACGCUGCUAUGAAUUGCCCUGCUGUAAAUGGUGAGGAAGCACUUGGUUGGGGUCCCUUGGCUUGCCGGUCGAGUCAUGCCUUCUUCUUCUCUGAUGGUGUCUACGUGCAGUUCGAUCUGGCAGAGGGCAGGGUUGUGAGUGGACCUGCUGAGAUUCGCGCUCGCUUCAAGAUGCCAUACCCAUUCUCACUUGGACCGGAUGCUGCUUACCCUUGCCCCGUGCCGCCCUUGCCUUCGACAACAUGGACGUCCCAAUUGGGACCCCAAAGGUCAUUUCCCAACUGCACUAGCGAAUCCCAAGUUAUCUUCGCCAAAGGCCAUAUGUAUCUUGUCUACGAUCUGGCAAGCAACAUGGUAGUCGUCCCACCUCAUCGCUCGCCGAAAGGCUUCUUGACCUGGCCCACUGAGGGUCAUUCCGAGAAGAUCGACGCCCUUGUGGCUCCCCCCAUGCCGCUUGUGCUCUCUCACAAUCUCCGCAAUCUCCACAAUCUCCACAAUCAGCACACCUAUCCGAGGGCACUGAUGUUCCUUCGAAAUGGGCAAAUCCUGCCGCUCAUGGACGCGAGUCGCCGUUCUUCCCAUCCAGAUCAUCAACGAGAUCGCCUAGGUGUGGUCCCGGGAGUGACACGUGUCGAUCCCCCGAAGCUCCUCCAAGCGGUACAUCAUCUCGAUGAGGACACGUCAGUGAAGGUUGGGUACCGCUCGGGACAACAGCCGGGCUUCUUUACUAUAGCGGCGGCUCGUCGAUGGUUCAAUUGGGACAGAAGUCAACGGCUCGUACAUGGUCGUCGGCUGAAAGCAACCAUCUCUAGCCCCUCCGUUGGGAAUGACGAUGCGGAAGAGCAUGAUGUACAUGCAACAACUCAGCACCACCGAAGUCUUGGGGUGAGAGACGUGGGAGCUCUGGCCGGAGGAAUCGUGUCCAUCAUCACCAUAGCGGUUUGUGUCAUCAUGGUCUGCCGCAUCUGUUGGAAGAAACGGCACCAUGAUGGUAAAGGCAACAAGAGCUUGAACCGGGGGUCGUCUUUCCUGACCCGAAGGCUGAUCAGCAUCUCGGCCGCAGUGAGUGGCUCGUUCACUACUGCCUCAGGAAGUUCGUCAUCGGGUGGCCUUUGCCGCGACCUGGAGUUUGAUUACGGCUCUGUUGCGGCAGCAACCAAUGGGUUUAAUGCUGCGAACAUCAUUGGCACAGGCAGCAAUGGGAGCGUGUACAAGGGGCGGCUCAAUGGCCGGCACGUGGCAAUUAAGAAGCUGGCAAAGACUGCGGGGACUGUUGGGAAGGGAUUUUACGCAGAGGUGGAGGCUCUGGGAAGGGCAAGGCAUCCGAAUCUGGUCGAUUUCAUGGGGUUUGUGGCUGAUGGUACACAUGACGUUAUGCUGGUCUUCGGGUACUUGCCCAAUGGGAGUUUGUUCGAUCACCUGCAUGACCGUGCGUCACGCGCCAACCAUCUGACUUGGGAGAGGCGGAUGGGAAUCGCUCGCGGAAUCGCAGAAGGACUGUGUCAUCUGCACACGGACUUGGGCGAGCCUCUGGCUCACGAGGAUGUGAAACCCAGCAAUGUACUGCUGGAAAAGAACUUCUCCCCUCGCCUCGUCGAUUUCGGUCUGAAUCGCCUGCGAGGUGCUGUGGUGGUCGGCUCGGGGGCAGCUUCGAGCCCGGCAGCAGUGCCCCCCAUAAAAAACCAGGGCUAUGCUGACCCCUUCGCCUGUGAGAACACGCAACAGACUUCGAGUCAGAGUGAUGUGUAUGCCUAUGGCGUUCUGCUGCUGGAACUGAUUUCCGGCCGGCGACCCAUGGACGUGGGCCUCAUGGGCCCCGAUGGCUGCAGGGGGUUGAUUGCAUGGUCGCGUCCCCUCAUCAGGGAUGGCCUCGUGGAGGAAGUUGUGGACAAGCGCUUGCGGGGCAAAUUCGCUCAUCACGAGGCGCAGAACCUGAGCCUUCUUGCUGUCGCGUGCAUAGAACCCAACCCUGAGAUGAGACCGGACAUGGCACAUGUUGUGGUCGCUGUGAUGGCUCUCAUGGAGGGGAAGCCGUGGGAGGCCAUUCUACCUGGCCUGCUCAGUAAAUCUCUUCUUGCUGGGGGUUGUGGCGAUGAGCAGUGCCCCACUGGGCAGUGUGGGCGGCUGAUGGCCACAGGUGAAUGCCAAUCUCGGCAUGCCACCUGGGAUGACAGCUACAUGUUCAAUACCGGCCAUAACCUGUGGCUGCAGACAAGACACUGCAGUGCUAAUUCGGGCUGUGUGCGAAACAGUGCUUAUGCUGGGAUAGAAGCCGGCUAUGGCAGCUGUGAAGGAGGGGAGCAGCAUGCAGCCACACCCUGCGUUGCUCAGGCCCGGAGUCCCUAUGAGUGCAGCAGGUUGGCAAAGGGUGCUAUGGGUGUCGCUAUCGGAAGUGGGUAUGUGGCAACAAGGGGUUGGGUGGGCACCUUCAGAAACUCCCCAUGCGCACUGGACCCUGCGUUUUCGGCCUGUGAUGGCUCUGUCAAACGACUGAACGGUCCCGUUCGUGCGGUGGGAAGUGAGUAUUGCAGCUGUGACGGAGGGGGCCAGCAUGUGAUCCCUCCGAGAGUCGUCCAGGCGGAGGAACCAGAAGAUGGCCUGCUUAGGGAGGGUGGUAGAGUCACAGUCUUGGGAAGCCCGUAUGUUGCGCCAAGGGGUCGAUUUGGGACCGAUCGGGGAUGCAGAGGUGAGCCUGAGCUUGGGUAUACGCCCUAUGCGGAGGGUUGUGUCGAUCAGCGGGGUGGGUUAUCUCCAGCGCAAUUUGUAGGCAUGGAGUAUCUGGGGUGCGUGAACACCACACAGCUGGCUGAGCUGGGGGAUCAUGGGUAUGGCUUGUCGUCUGAGCUGGGGGAUCAUGGGUAUGGCUUGUCGUCGCCGUUGCCCGUCCACGGCAGUCCCGUUGGCAGUGCCUUCAGCUGUUCGCCGGGCUACAGCACUGAUAAUGCAAGGUGCAAUCUCAGCCUGCGAACGGGCAGCGAUUUCAGUUGCGCAACGGAGGUGUGGGUGAGCGGGCCUACGGGGGGCGUUGACACAAGGCAUCAUACGGGCUCAAGGGCGGCGGACAUGGGAAGCCCCGCGGGGCACAACCCGAGCGGGCCAUCAUGUGGGUCGAGCGGGCCUCUCGCCGGAGGUGAAAAACUGAGUAUACGCUCACAGAUUAAGGAAGGAGCCAUGGCAUACAAGGAAUGGGACUGGGAGGGACCUCAGGACCGUCGGGACCGGGCGGUCCUGAGUCCCGUCGGUAACUGCGGGAAAAUUGCUGAGGUCGACACAGCGCCAAUGGGACUGGAACAGAACUCGGGACCGUCGGGACCGGACGGUGCAUCCAAAGACCAGAUUCCGACGGAAUGCCUGCAGCAGGUCGGGAUGAAUUGCGCCGUGGGGAUGAAGGGGGAGAUCGCAAUCCCGAUGGAUGAGUGUGAAGGCCACACUAGAAUAAAGCAGGAGGAAAAAGCGCGGGGUACUGCCUGCACGAUUGAGCUGGUCGACGACGGGAGGCAACAUUCGGAGAGGCGUAUGGAGACCAGUGUGGUUGUUAAAUGAGGGGGCAUAAAUGAGGGUGAUGCCCCUGAAGACGAUUCCGACCAAUCCGAUGUUUUUUCGUUUUUUUUUUUUUCCGUCCAUCUCGGCUAGAUAGUAGUUCUUUGCCUUUGCUGGGCACUCUUCCACCCAGGCUCCACCCAGGCAUUCGUACUUCGUACUGCAUAUUCUUUUAGGCAUUUCUGUAGCCUUUGGUGGGCACUCUUGUAGCCAGGCAUUCGUAUUGCGUAUUCUUUUAGGCAUCUGUAGCGUGUGUAAGAGUUAAGAGAGAUUGCUCUGAGAGGGGAGGAGACGGAGACGGAGACGGAGACAGAGAGGGAGUGCCGUCAGAGGUGGAAAAUUGGAAGUGUAGAGAAGUCGAUUUUGAUACGACGAAAUUAGGAGGCGAAUGUUGAAACGUGGAAUGUAGAAAUGUAGAGAGGUAGAGUUUGUACCAUUUGGCGGAUUUGAGAUUGUUGUUAGGCGUUUGAGAUC